AUGUUCCCACCUCGUGAGCUGCAGAGCGCAGAGCUCAGCGAGUUAGCCAGCACCAUCGAACUGCUGAACUACGAGCGCACAGUGUUACAGACACAAAAGUACGGCACAGUGACCAGCAAGACGAACAUGCUAGUGGUACAGGUGCACCGUGACGUGGAGCGGUUGCAGUACCUGAUCGUGUCGUUGGCGCAGGUUCGUGAUAUCGAGUCCGUUCUGCUUGUCUUCUCACACAGUUAUUAUGACGACAGAAUCAACAAACUAGUAUCCAGCAUCACGUUCUGUAGGUCCAUGCAGAUAUUUUAUCCUUACUCGCUUCAGCUGUAUCCAAACAAGUUCCCGGGCAUAGACCCCGAUGACUGUGUGAGUGCAGCCGGGAGGAGGAAACAGUUUUGUAGCAGCCGCGACGGCCGCCUCACGGAGCACAAGCAUCACUGGUGGUGGAAAGUUAAUUUCAUCUUCAACAAUCUCGACUGGUCCGAUACAUUCAAAGGCACUGUCGUUUUCUUACAAGAAGACGAUUACGUUUUGCCAGAUUUAGUGCAUAUGCUGCGGUUUAUGACGCGGUCGCAGGCCUACCUUCCAGGACUCCACCUACUGUCCUUUGGAAGGCCACACGCAAAAGGUUUAGAUUUUGACUUACUUUCAGUGUCCUCGUGGCAUCCUCCCUUUGACAAAGGUCUGGCGUUUAAUAAGAGCUUGUGGCAGAAGAUAAGUGCAGUUUCUUCGUAUUACUGCUUAUAUGACGAUCUCAGUUGGGGCUACUCGCUGCUCAACGCUUUUAGAAAGUUCAAUGAGGGACAUGUGGAUAUGGUGGCCACUCUGAUGCCACGUGUGCUGUCCACCAGCACAUUCCCUAGCGGGCGCGCGGCCAUGCAACAAAUUGCAAUGUGGCUAGUUGGCGCCAGGAUGUUUCCUUUGAAUGUAAAGGCAGUAAUGCUGUACAGUAGUACCGGCCGAGUGAACGCAGGUGUGAAGCCUCCUCCCUGGGGCAACGGAGGCUGGAGUGACUUGCGGGACCACCUGCUCUGCCUGGACCCCCUCAUGUCCACAACUACUGGCAACACAAACGACAUGACUGCACCCACCUUCUCGCAGACCACCACCAAUGCAACUGAUUACAUUACUGUCGCUAAACACAAAAUGAAUAUGUCAGAAGCCGACCUACAUAAUGUGAAUUUUAAUUAG